AUGAGCCGCUGCGUCUUCUUCGUCUUCUUCUCGCUUCACUGGAAAGACAAACGCCGGGAGGCUGCUGCUCUCACAGCCAGACCCGGGAUGGGCUCUCUGUCGGCCCUGCGGACGGUCCUGGUGCUGGCUCUGGUGGUCGGACUGACGGGAUGCGCCCCCGGCCUGAAUGGCACGGCGGAGCGCUGGGAGGCCAUGUACUCACGCUCCCUGGCGCGGAUCCCGGGGGAGAAGCGCGAGGAGAUGGGCCGGGACAGCAACUACCUGCAAGGCAUUAAACGUCUGCGGAGACUCUACUGCAACGUGGGCAUCGGCUUCCACAUCCAGGUGUUACCGGACGGAAAAAUAAUGGGAGUUCACAACGAAAACCGUCACAGUCUGCUGGAGAUCUCUCCGGUAGAGAGAGGCGUGGUGACUCUGCUGGGCGUCCGGAGCAGACUCUUUGUGGCCAUGAACCGUAAAGGGAAGCUGUACGGAUCUUUACACUUCAACAACGAGUGCAAGUUCAAGGAGAAGCUCCUCGCCAACAACUACAACGCCUAUGAGUCGGCCAUCUACCCAAAGAUGUACAUCGGCCUGAGUAAGAGCGGCAAAACAAAACGAGGAAACCGAGUGUCCCCCGCCAUGACGGUGACACAUUUCUUACCCAGAAUCUAGAGGCAUCAGAAAUAGA